AUGGCAAGUAACAGAGCCCUGUCCUCCACAUACAGCGUAUACAAGUCAAUACAGCAGGACAAUUUCUUCAGAGAUGCUGAUGGAGAUGCUUGUGUAACAGCUGCUCGGAGCGAGUGUGGGGAGCAGGCAGUGCACGGCGAGGAGGUCUCUGAGGACCGGCUCAGGGCUGUGUCUCUGGAUGAGCGUGUUGGCCCCACAGCACACUCCGCCUGGAUUCCAUGGCUGCAAUUACAACUUUACGAAAGGCCCUUGAAGUCCAAUUGCAGACCAAGGACGUGGUCAUCUGUGAUCUGGAGAAAGAGCUGA